UUAAAUAAUGAUAAUAAAAAUGACAGCAUAACCAAAGCGGGGCCGCCAAUUGCCAAACAGCCUCCAAUCUCACGCCAAAAGAUCCCUUCUUCGCCAAAGAAGAAAAGGUGUUAUACAGUUCACACAGAAGCGUCAAUCAAAGAACUGAUCACCGUUGAGCGACACUUCAUCUUUUGGAUUACUCUCUCUCUAAUUUUUUCUCUUUGCCCUUUGAUUGAUUAUUUCAUCUGCGGUUCGCUGAGAGAAAAAGAAAGGAAAAUCAAGUGUGAAGCAAACACGUCAUUAUUAAAUAAAAGUGGUAGAGCGAUCUCAGAGGUUAAAGAGGGUACAAAAUGGCGACUCUUCAAACAUGGAGAAAAGCUUAUGGUGCUCUUAAAGAUACCACCAAAGUCGGACUCGCUCAUGUCAACAGCGAUUAUGCGGAUUUGGAUGUGGCCGUAGUCAAAGCUACCAACCAUGUCGAGUGUCCUCCAAAAGAAAGGCAUCUUAGAAAAAUCUUCGUUGCGACAUCAGCGAUUCGGCCUCGAGCAGAUGUUGCUUAUUGCAUUCAUGCUCUUGGCCGCAGAUUGGCCAAGACUCAUAACUGGACGGUUGCAUUGAAAACGCUUAUAGUUAUCCAUAGAGCAUUGAGGGAAGGUGAUCCUACUUUCAGAGAAGAACUUUUAAACUUCUCUCAGAGAGCACGGAUUCUCCAACUUUCUAAUUUCAAGGAUGAUUCUAGCCCUAUCGCAUGGGAUUGCUCUGCCUGGGUACGUACAUAUGCAUUGUUUUUGGAAGAGAGGCUUGAAUGUUUUAGGAUUCUGAGGUAUGACAUUGAAGCUGAGCGUCUACCAAGACCUGACCAGGGGCAGGAUAAGGGUUACAGUAGAACCCGGGAAUUGGACAGCGAAGAAUUGUUGACACAAUUGCCUGCUCUGCAACAGUUGCUUCACCGUCUUAUUGGUUGCCGGCCAGAAGGUGCUGCUAUAGGCAACUAUGUUAUACAGUACGCUUUGGCUCUGGUGCUGAAGGAGAGCUUCAAAAUAUAUUGUGCUAUUAAUGAUGGAAUUAUAAAUCUUGUUGACAAGUUUUUUGAGAUGCCAAGACAUGAGGCUGUCAAUGCUCUUGAUGUAUACAGGCGAGCUGGUCAGCAGGCUAAUAGCCUUUCUGAUUUCUACGAAGUUUGCAAAGGAUUGGAACUUGCUAGGAACUUCCAGUUUCCUGUUCUCAGGGAGCCGCCACAAUCUUUUCUUGCUACUAUGGAAGAGUAUAUUAGAGAGGCACCGCGUGUGGUUUCUGUUCCAACAGAACCAUUGCUUCAAUUAACAUACAGACCUGAGGAAGGCCCUUCUGAAGAUACUAAAUUAUCCAAUGAUGAACCUGAGCCAUCUGCUCCUGCUGAUGAAAAUGCAGCUUUCACUGUUGAGACUGCUCCCCCUCCCCCUCCCCCAACUCAGACCAACAUGGACACUGGAGAUUUAUUGGUAAUGUUUCUUUUGGAGUUCCAUAAUGUUAUCCUACUUUUCUACUUCAUUUUUUUUAUUGCAUAUUGGUGGGUUCAGGGAUUGAAUUAUUCUGCACCUGAUGCCUCAGCAAUUGAGGAAAGCAAUGCUUUAGCUCUAGCCAUAGUGCCAACUGAAUCUGGUACUGCUUCAACAUUUAAUUCUAGUGCUGGUCAGCCUGUAGAAUUUGAUCCUACUGGAUGGGAACUUGCCCUUGUCACCACACCAAGUACCGAUAUUUCUGCACCUACUGAUAGGCAAUUGGCUGGUGGAUUGGACUCGCUCACUCUCAACAGUUUAUAUGAUGAAGCAGCAUAUAGAGCUCAGCAUCCUGCAUAUGGAACACCAGCUCCAAAUCCAUUUGAGGUACAAGACCCAUUUGCCAUGUCAAAUAACGUUGCUCCCCCACCUGCAGUGCAAAUGGCAGCAAUAGCUCAACAACAAAACAAUCCUUUUGGUGCUUACCAACCUGCUUAUCAGCAGCAGCAGCAACAAUUGAUGAUGAGCCCAUCAAAUCCAUUUGGUGAUACAGGGUUUGGGGCAUUUCCGGUGAACCAAGUGGCCCCUGUUGGUCAACCACAUGCUAAUAAUCCAUUUGGAAGCACAGGCCUGUUGUAAUGUUAAGUGUGAAGAGUUGGGUUUGUGGAUUUUGGUUGGUUUGAUCAGUUUGGGCAUCUUUUUAUGAGAUGAUGGAAAGAGUGGGUAGGUUGUGUUUUAGGCAUACGAUGAAUGGCUUUCAGCAGCUAUCUUUUAUUACAUUUUGUAUGGGGUUGUAAAGUCAGUAGUUCAAAGAUGUAAUAAUAUCUUAGAUGAUCACUACAAUUAUUUUUGAAAAUUCCCAGCCAUGUGCAUCUUUUGAAAUGUCAAUGAAUCUAUUCGAAUUAA